AUGUCCGUGCGCCCUCUGGUGAUGGCUGGGCCGUCGGGCGUGGGCAAGGGGACGCUGAUUGCGCGGCUCAUGAAGGACUUCCCCGGCUCCUUCGGCUUCUGUGUCUCCCACACCACCCGCUCUCCUCGGCCGGGAGAGGAGGACGGUAUUGCGUACCACUUCACAGAGCUGGGCGCGAUGAAGAAGAUGGUGGAGGCGGGGCACUUCCUCGAGUACGCGGACGUGCACGGCAACCUCUACGGCACCUCGCGCGCCGCCGUCGAGAAGGUCGCUCAGGCGGGCUGCAUCUGCAUCCUGGAUAUCGACGGCGGCCCUGCGCUCGACAUCACGGCCUGACUCACGGCAAGGGGGCGUGGGGGAGGGGCAUGGCGGCCGGCAACAGUAGAGGGAGAGGGGGGCUCAGCUGGUCUUCGCGUAGAAGGUGGACUCAAAUGCCGCCUGCUUGGCCUUGCACAUGUGGGGCUGAAGGUCCUCGUUGUCUAGACACUUGGCGAGCGCGUCAAACUCCUUCUUUGUCGUCGAGGAGAUCUGCUUGAACAGGCCGUACACGCAGCCGUGCACCGCGUCGCCCUCGGAGACACAGGCGGUCGGGUUGUCGUCCUUGGCCUUGCACUUCAUAAAGUCGUAGUUCUGGUCGAAGCACUUGUAGCCAAUCACGCGACCCGCCGCGUACAGCUCCUGGCUGCUCGGCGGCCGGCCCGACGGCCCCACCUCCGAGACCGAGCCUCCGACGUUGACCAUCCUGCGGCGGCGAGGGAUGGAGCGUCGGACGGCGCGGCAGCCAUGGGGAGCGGCGGGAUGUGGUGGAACCGCAGCUGGGCCAGCCGGCAACACGCUC